CCGACGACAAGGACAAUCCGACCUCCAAGUCCGAGACGCGCGGCGGCUUUUCGAAGAAGCCCUGGAGACAAAGUUGAUCCUACUUACCCACAUGCUAUGAGAAUGGCCCAUACACCACCGUGACACCCAACAUGCCCCUGACCAGCGCAAUGAACAAUGGGGCGUCGUCGUCGAGGGCCGCGAACAGCCAUGGCAAUGGCAUCUACACCCAUGACGACGACGCCGACGAGCUGGACCUCAUUCUAGGCGAUGACCCACCUCAUAAGCGCACUGCCGGCAACGGCGAAGACGAAGACAACGACACCACCCUCCUCCGCGACGACCCCCUCCAACCCGACUUCUCCCCCCCCCUCACCUUCAAGCGCAAACGAACCCAACCCAGCCUCCUACCCAGUCCAGCCCGUCUCAUCACCUCCCUCUUCCACACACCCGCAUUCACCUCCCGAACAAGCCAUGACCUGCCCCGACCUCCCCCUGCCACCUCCAUGCCAACCCACCUCAACCUCAAACCGCUCCCCUCCAACCCCCGCGACACGGACGCCGACGACAACGCCCAACCCUCCCGCGAUUGGAACGCCGAAGGCCCCGGCCGCCGCGUGGGCUACGCAAACCUGACGGCGAUCGACUGGAUCUUCGAGUACACCAAGGAGCGCCAGCGGCAGCGCGCCCUGCGCGCCCGCACCCUCCAGUCGCCGCUGCCCCUGCUGGGCUACGUCCAGAGGCUGCUCGACGCCAGCCAGGUGUGGGUGGUGCUGAUCCUGACGGGGCUCGCGGUCGGGGUGCUCGCCGCGGGGAUCGAUGUCGCCACGGAUUGGCUUGGGGAUGUCAAGUAUGGGUUUUGCAGCAGUGGCGUGGAUGGGGGCAGGUUUUAUCUGGGGAGGAAUGCGUGUUGUUUGGGAUAUGAUGAGGGGGUUCAGUGUCGCGGGUGGAGGAGGUGGGGGGCGGUUGUUGGGGUUGGGGAGGGGGUGGGUCAGUGGGUGGUUGAGGGGGCCGUAUAUUUGGGUUUGGCUGUCACGUUUGCGCUUUUGGCGGCGGUGCUCGUCAAGGAGUAUGCGAUCUAUGCCAAGCAUAGCGGCAUACCAGAGCUCAAGACGGUGCUGGGCGGGUUUGUCAUCAGGCGGUUUCUGGGGGUGUGGACUUUGAUUACCAAGUCGUUGGGCUUGAUUCUGGCCGUGGCGUCCGGCAUGUGGUUGGGCAAGGAGGGCCCGUUGGUCCAUGUUGCCUGCUGCUGCGCCAAUUUGUUUACCAAGCUGUUUCCCAGCAUCAACAACAAUGAAGCGCGGAAGAGGGAGGUGCUCUCUGCGGCUGCCGCCUCUGGGAUAUCCGUCGCCUUUGGGUCGCCCAUUGGCGGCGUGCUCUUCUCGCUCGAGCAACUAUCCUACUACUUCCCCGACAAGACCAUGUGGCAGAGCUUUGUGUGCGCCAUGACAGCCGCCAUGGUGCUCCAAGCGUUUGACCCCUUCCGGUCGGGAAAGCUGGUCCUGUACCAGGUAACGUACAGCUCAAGCUGGCAUGGCUUCGAGCUCGUCCCCUUCGUUAUCUUGGGCAUCCUCGGUGGUAUCUACGGCGGCCUUUUUAUCAAAGCCAACAUGAAGGUCGCCCGGUGGAGGAAAUCUACUGCACGGUUGCCCGGCCCUGUGGCCCAGGUCGUCAUCGUGGCUUGCCUCACCGCCCUGGUCAAUUAUCCCAAUCGCUAUAUGCGGUCCCAAAACUCUGAUCUGGUAUCCAACCUCUUCGCCGAGUGCUCAAGACUGCUGGAUGACCAGUUCGGUCUGUGCAAAAACGGCGCCGAUUCGUCCGGGAACAUAGUCCUGCUCAUGGUAGCUGCCAUGCUGAGCUUUUGCCUCGCAGCCAUCACCUUUGGCCUGCAAAUUCCCGCUGGCAUCAUCCUGCCAUCCAUGGCCAUUGGAGCCCUCACAGGACGGGCAACCGGCAUCAUCAUGGAGAUGUGGCAGCACAACCACCCCAAAUUCAUCGCCUUCCACUCCUGCGAACCCGACAUUCCUUGCAUCACCCCCGGCACCUACGCCAUCAUCGGGGCCGCCGCCGCCCUGGCCGGUGUCACGCGCAUGACCGUCUCCAUCGUCGUCAUCAUGUUCGAGCUGACGGGCGCCCUAACCUACGUCCUGCCCAUCAUGAUAGCCGUCAUGAUCUCCAAAUGGGUUGGCGACGCCUUCUCCCGGCGCGGCAUCUACGAGUCCUGGAUCCACUUCAACGAGUACCCCUUCCUCGACAACUCGGAAGAAACAACCCCAAUCCCAGACAUCCCCGCAGCCCAGAUCAUGACGCGCAUCGAGGACCUUGUCGUGCUGACCGCGGCGGGGCACACCAUCGCCUCGCUGUCUUCCAUCCUCGAGUCGCACCCUUACCGCGGCUUCCCCGUCGUCUCGGACCCGCGUGACGCCAUCCUACUGGGGUACAUCUCCCGCGCCGAGUUGGCCUACACCCUGUACGCGGCCACGCAGCCGCCGCGCUCCCUGCCGCCCGAGACCGAGGCCUACUUCGCGCACCAGCCGCUCGCCGACCCGCGCACGACACUGGACCUAAGGCCGUGGAUGGACCAGACCCCGCUCACGCUGCCCAGCAGGUGCCGGAUGCACUUGGCCGUCACGUAUUUCCAGAAGCUCGGGCUGCGCUAUGUGCUGUUUGUGGAUCGCGGGGUGCUGCAGGGGUUGCUGACUAAGAAGGAUGUGUGGUAUGUGCUGAACGGGGCGGAGGAGACAAGACGGACGAGCGGCAUGGCGGGUGGAGGGGUUAGGGGAGGGAUGGCAGAUGCUGGGGGUAUGCAGACAGGCAUGGCCAGAGAGGCAGGGGAGGGGGAGAGCGCCGGCUUGCUGAGGGCUGUUGGGUUGGCGGACGAGGCGGAGAUGGUCAGUCCUGUCGUCGAUCGGGGAAGUAUAUUAUAGAGAUGGCUGUGGAGCUGUGCCGUUGUGUAUAUACAGGUCUGUAGCAAUCCUUAAGCAGGAGUCUUCGUGUAC